AUGUCCGAGGCUUAUUUUAGGGUGGAGUCGGGGGCGCUGCGAUCUGAGGAGAACUUUCUUUCUUUGGACGACAUCCUGAUGUCCCACGAGAAGCUCCCGGUGCGCACAGAGAUUCCCAUUCCACGCCUCGGCGCUUUCUUCCCGGAGCGGAGCGGAGGGGCCGACACAGACAACGCGAUCCCACAGGGCUCGAAGCUGGAUCUCCCCCUGUGGUUGGCCAAAGGGCUUUUCGACCACAAGCGGCGGAUCCUCUCCGUGGAGCUUCCCAGGAUCUACCAGGAGGGGUGGAGGACCGUGUUCAGCGCAGACGCCAACGUGGUGGACCUGCACAAGAUGGGGCCCCACUUCUAUGGCUUUGGCUCCCAGCUGCUGCAUUUCCAUGGCCCGGAGAACGCGGACAUCUCCCAGUCUCUCCUGCAGACAUUCAUUGGACGCUUCCGCCGCAUCAUGGACUCCUCCCAGAAUGCUUACAACGAAGACACUUCGGCGCUGGUAGCCAAGCUGGACGAGAUGGAGAGGGGCUUGUUUCAAACGGGGCAGAGAGGACUGAAUGACUUCCAGUGCUGGGAGAAGGGGCAGGCUUCCCAGAUCACAGCCUCCAGCCUCGUUCAGAACUACAAGAAGAGGAAGUUCCCUGACCUGGAGAACUGAGGGCCGGCAGAGCACAGAAUUGCUCCCUGUAGACGCCUCCCUGUGUGUCCCUGUUAAGAGCCUGGUGGACCGUGUAACGGGCCGGAGUCAUACCUCCUCUCAUGGCUUAUGUCCUGCAGCCGUCGUGGCAGUGGUAUCGUCUGCUUGGGAGGGUGCCCCCUGGCCCUAUAAGUCUUCCAGAACUUUCCCACCUUCCUGACCCACAGCCCAGGUCUGCUUCACCCAAGAAGCCACAAGGCAGAGACAUCAAUCUUUUUUAUAAAUAAAGAUGGUUAAUACAUA